GUCCCCUGGUAGUGCAGAAGGUCGCUUGACGUGCAGCAGCAACAGCAGAACAGCUGUAAACAGGCAGUCCCAGGCAGACCACUGCAUCGCCACACCACCCAGGUGGACCAAGAUUUAGCCUUAAACAUGAAGACUUUGAUCAUAUUCCUUAUGUUGGUUGGUGCAGGAGUGCCAUCUCCUCUCAGUAAUGCAGCAGAUCCUAAUUGCACAGCAAUUGAAACCUGUCAGGAGUGUAAGAAUGCCAUGUGUGUUUGGGUCAGAUAUCUCAAUGUCACUGAAGAGUGUCGAGAUGUAGCUACAGUUGGGGCUCCGGAAAUUGAUUGUAUCUCACCACCCAAGACCUCUACCACCUCCACUACUUCUCCAAAGUCAACCACCACUCCAAAACCCACUACCACCUCCACUACCACAUCCACUACUACUACUACCACCACCACCACCUCUUCCACUCCACCACCAACCACCACUUCCACUCCACCACCAACCACCACUUCCACUCCACCACCAACCACCACUUCCACUCCACCACCAACCACCACAGAUGAAACCACCACUGUGUCUACCACUGAGCAAACCACUGAGCCACCCACUGAAACCACAACAGUGCUUACCACAGAGGCUCCAGAAACACCCACCACAGUGGUUCCUCCAGCCACUCCUACCUCUGACACUCCAACAACUGAUACCCCCAUUCCACCAUCAACCACAGUGCCAACAACAACAGCUCCAAGCUCUACUCCAUCCCCAUGUGCAGGACAUCACUUUGAUGCUGGCAGUUUCUUUGGUGGUAUCUUCCUAGCUCUUGGUGUUUUGGUGGUUUCUUAUGCUGGAGUACGGUUCUACCGGGCUCGCAAUGGUGGCAAUUACAAUCAACUGCAAACUGUAUACUGAAGGAAAUGGAGGAGAUCCUCCACAUGUAACCAAGGUGGAGAGUGGUUAAGCUUCAACUGCCAUCACCUGAAGAGUUCACAACAUCACCAAUGUUGUCUACAGAAAAAUGGUAAAUUGAUUGAUAUUUACAUAAAUCAUCACUUCAAGUCUCUGGGUAUGAUGAAUGUAAUUACUACUACAUGGAUACUGUUUAAAGCUUCAGCAUGGCUAUAUCUUUAUUUCAACUUUUUUUGUUUGUUUUUUUGGAAACAAUGAGAGAGAGAGAGAGAGAGAGAGAGAGAGAGAGAGAGAGAAUAUGAAUUAGGAAUUUUAAAAAGAAUUUCUAAUGAAUAUGAAAAUAAUGAAAACAAUAGUUGAUAUGGAUCCACUUUCUCACAUUAACUUCUAAUAUUUUGUAACUAAGAAUGUACAAUUUAUAUAGUGCUGUGACUCUGAGACACAAAAUUUAGGACUUAAACCAAAAAAUAUCAGAUUGCAAUGGCUCAAUGUUGACACAUUACACUUUGUAAUAAAAUUAAACAACAUUUGAAGUGGAGCAAACUGGUAUUACAUUGUUGUGAGCUGACUGUUGAGUAUGUAGCUAAUCAAGCAUAUGUGCCUGUGUCAUUUCUAUUGUAUGUAUGAAAUGUGCAUCAUCAGUUUUGUACUUGUGACUCACUUUUUUUUCUGUGCAUGAGAGGUCACAGUGAGCAGUGAAUGAUCCGGAUGUGUUGGAAUCUCCAUAUAUGCACAUGGUUCCUGUUUGAAUAUAUGUGUUCAUAUGUCAGAUACCACAACUCAUUUACCAAAGCAAACUUAAUACUAGCAUUUAGGAAGCACAACAGGAAACAUUAAUGUGAUAUAUAGUAGUGUUACUUAAGUAUCCUGACCAGACUGUGUGUAGUGUUUCAGGACAUAAUGGCUAAAUGUAAUUGUUGGAUCAAUACUGCAUAUGAACUGUUUCUCAUUGUGGUGGUCACAAACUGUUCAGGAAUUUCUGUUACUGUUGACAUUUUUUUCUCCUCUCUCUCCCCUCAACCUAACAUACACACCAAUUACAAGAAACACCAAAUAUCUAGAUAUAUAUACAUUUUAAUGUGUAUAUGAUUAUAAAGAAUAUGAUUACAAUUUUUAUAGUUGUUGCAGGCUAAGAUGAUCUUGAAGGUGCAGUCCCUGCCUCUUUCCCAUUCAGUAGAGUAUCUGAUUGGUAUGCUCAUAAUGUCCUUGCCACUUUACCUAUCUACUUAUAUUUUUAUGUACCAGGCUAGCAUCUCACAUGGAAUGGCCUAGACAAGGCAUGGCAUAUUUACACUUAUAGCAAGACUUUAUCAAAUUUCAUGUUCAUAUUUUCAAUCAUCUUGUCAGUUAGAUUUGCUGUGAGAUGAUUGCUAUAAUCCAUGUUGACGUCACUUUAUUAGUUUGUAAAAAUAAUGUGUUUCCACAAUUAUUCCAAAGUUACUACUUCAACAUUAUUUAGUAUUGUUUCCUCAGUGAUAAUUUCAAAAAAUAAACUCAAUGACAAGAUGACUGAAAUCAUCUUGGAUUUCAUACUUUUGAGAAGUAGCAAAGAACAUGAUGAGAGCACCAAUCAGAUGCUUUGUCAAAAAUGGAGGAGGAGGCUGUGGGAUCAUGGCUCAUAAAUUAGCACAAUCUGCAAUAACUAUAUAAAUAUCUACUUCAUAAAGAUCUUAGCCUUGUUAGUUAACUCACCCUGUAGAAAUCAGGUGUACUUAUAUAAGCAGUAUCUUGAAUUUUGAGCAUAUUUUAAGUUUAUUCCUUUGAAUAUUAAUUUAUUAUGCAUAUUUCUUUGUUCAUUUUAUUAAGUGAUAACAAGAGCAAUGACAAAUAUUUUUUUCAAGCCUGACUCUUACUAGAUAUAAAAAUGCUAAUAUUGUUUUUAGAUAUAGUGUCACAUUAUUACCAAGAUUGAAGUCAUGAAUCUCCUCAAAUGUAAAUUUUCUUUCUUAUUCUUUUUCAUCUUUAAUUAUGUACUUGUACGACCUAAGUAGCACAAAUGUUCUUUGGUUUGCAUGCUUAGAAUGGAAAAAAAAUUGUGUCUGUUGGUAUGCUAUAGGGUCUUAUUAAUUUUGUCCAUUUCAUUUCAUAAGUACAUAUAUAAGCAUUGUAAAUAUAAUUGGAUAUAUAUAUAUAUAUAUAUAUAUAUAUAUAUAUAUAUAUAUAUAUAUAUAUAUAUAUAUAUAUAUAUAUAUAUAUAUAUAUAUAUAUAGUAUAUAUAUGCAUGUACUUACGUAUGUAUGUAUGUACAUACAUGAUGUUCCAUUUGUAAUAAAUGGAACUUUAGGAGGUGAAUUGUCAAGUCACUCCAAGCAUGUUUUCUUGUGUAGAAAAAGUUAGCUCAUCAAUUAUAAAAGUCAUAUGACAUACUUUUCACCAUUGUGCCCCAUAGUGUAAGUGGACUUAUCUCAUUCUCAUGUUUUUAUGUAUAAGCAUUGGAAGAUCAGGUGUGUCUGUUAGCAUUAUGGGAAAGGGAGCAUUAGUGUAAUAGCCUUGAUUAUAUAAAAUCAUAUCAUACAAGAAGGCAUGCUUAGACUGACCCCAAAAUCAUCUUUUAAAAUUUUUUAUAUUAUAACUUGGACAUCCUGCAUGUAUAUACUAUAUGUGGCAUUAACUCUUUCAUAACAUGAAGUCUUGCGUUAUUUUUACAUCUGUAUUUUUCAUGUAUGAUUUUGUAUUAUAGAUACAUACUUCAGUUUACUUUUAUCUCCAUCGGAGGCUCAUGCUGUAGAUUGGGAAUGAUUCCUUUAUCACUUCCUAAGUUAGAAAUAGACUUUCCAUGGUGCAGUAGCUUGAGGCUUAGUCUAUAUAUAGGUUCUGGUUCAAAUCUAGACUGGGGGCUAAGCAGUGCUCUGUUUAUCCGAUUGUUCAGCCUUCCUUCAUGUUGGUCAGUGAAUAAGUAUCUGGGGAAGCCUUAGGCAGAUAAAUUGUGGAAAAGUGGAUGUCAAAUUGUCCUGUGUACCAGAGUAACAGAUGUGCAUCAUUCACCAAAACAUCAAAGGUCAAUGAGGCAGAGGUGAUCGUCAAAGAUGCACACAGCUGUAACAUAUGCCCCAAUUUUACUUUUACUCCAUGAGAAAAUAAUUCAACAAGGGAUUUUUCAGAAUAUACAAUAUUUCGUCCAAGUUCCUGAUGUAACAAAUAUUUGUUUAUAUUUUACAUGUGGAUUUUUUAUGUAUAUUUAAUAUGUAUAUGUUUGAUGUUAGAAAUAAUGUAAACACAUAGGAUAUUUAUACCAUAUUUUCUCACCACUUUACCAGCAAAACAUUAUUGUCUGUGAUUUAUUGCUGUAGAUGGUUAAUAUAGACUGUUGUGAAAGGUCUUACAUUUAUGGUGUAAAUGCUCUAAAGAGUAUCUAAACUUCAUUAAAAAUCACAAAAUAUAAAAUGAAAGAAAGAAAGAAAAGCAUUGCUCUCCAAGUUUCUGGGUAUUCUUGUAUGAUGUGAAGAUGAGACAUUAAGAGUGAUAUUUUUCUUAAAUGUACAGGAUGUAAUCUAAAACUUUUGAUUCUUUAUGUGGUUCUAACUUUGCUGAUUUGGUAAUGAUUUUCAUAAGAUAAGAGCAAUGGCUAUACUUUUUGAAAACUUCCUUAUAUUGUCAGUUUAGGUACUUUUCUCAAAGGUACACAAGAUGGAAACUGUUACCUAUUUAUUAUGUAAUUUAGUAUUUAUUAGUAAUGGUAAUGUUGUCAUAUGCAAGUAUGGCUUCACAGGAGCCUCAGAAACUUUGCAUUGUAUAAAAAUUGUAAUCUUAGACUGACGUGAGUUUAUGUAGCAUAUAGCAUCCAUAAAUAGAAGUGGUUGUGAUUUUAAAGAUUAUUAUAUGAAAAAAAGUUAAUUAUAAAAAAAAAAUAAAUAAAAAUAAAUGCAUUUUAUGAGGCAUAUGAAAAGUAUCAUAUGAUGGUACAUCUUCAUCUGGAGUAGUAUUAAGGUGCCUAAUACAGUGAGUUUGAUGAUGGUUGGUACAAAUGAAAGAUGAAGGAAAUUCAUAUGUGCCUCUUUAAUGGUGCCUGAGAAAUGGUGAGGCCUUGUUUCAUAUAGCUAGAUGCAUGUUGCAAGUUAUUUGAAAUCGUUAUGAAUGUCAUUGUCAAAUAAACAUUUCAUAAGCAUGUACACUUAUACAAUGAUACAUAAUUUGAAUAUACCAAAAUCUGAAA